AAGUUUUACUUCUGCUUAGCUGAGGGGACAAGCUGUCCUGUCUCUACUGAGGGGAAGAGACAGACAGACAAGACAUAGAGAGGAGCAGAGACAGUCACACAACCCAGAGAGUGAGACUUUGGACUGGAGAGUGCUGAGGAGACAGGCAGGGUGUGAGGAUCGCAGAGACUGAGAGACUUCCCAUUACUGAACUGAAACGAAAGAAACUGUCAGUGACAACCCACAAGAUUUCCUGUGGGGACCCCAGGACCAGGACUGAGGAAGGACCCAGAAAAGUCCUGCAGAAUACACAACGUUACAGUGUGAGAUCUUUAUUUAGAGAAGAAGCAGCAGCAGGCGAAUGACUUGAAAACAAAUGCAGUGUAUGGCUUUGACAUGAACAGCCACUGAGAAGUCAUACAGGAAGGGAGAGGCAAGAAGAGAGAACUCGCCUGAGUCAUCAGCCAGGAGACAGUCUGACUUCACACAUCACCAUGCUGGACUGUUACUGAGAGAGAGAGAGAGAGAGAGAGAGAGAGCACCAUGACUUCAGUGUGGAAGAGACUGCAGCGCACCGGGAAAAGGGCGUCCCGCUUCCAGUUUGUGGCCUCUUACCAAGAACUCAUCUUAGAGUGCACCCAGAAAUGGCAGCCAGAUAAAGUUGUGAUUGUAUGGACACGAAGGAACAGAAGAGUCUGCUCCAAGGCUCAUAGCUGGCAACCUGGGAUAAAAGACCCCUUCCGUGGAUCUGUUGUUUGGGCCGUGCCUGAAAAUGUGGAUAUUACAGCAACUCUUUACAGAGACCCUCACGCUGAUCAUUUUGAGGAAAAGGAGUGGAUAUUCCAAGUUGAAGGGGAAUCUCGAGGCCAUAAAAAACUUCUGGCUGUGGCUCCUAUUGACCUUAGAAAGUUUGCUGCCAUCUCAUCAGCUCCUCGAGAACUGAAAUUGACGCUCACUCCACGUUCUGUCAAGGUUGUGUCAGCGACUCUUACCGUCAGUAUUACCUGCACUUUGUUACGAGAAGGCAAAGCUACGGAUGAAGACAUGCAGAGUGUUGCCAGUCUCCUGAGUCUAAAGCCUUCAGACAUUGCAGACAUGGAUGACUUCAAUGAGGAAGAAGAGGAGGAAAAGUCACAGAGGCAGAGUCGCAGCUCUAUAGGAAUUGCACCCAGAGGUUAUCUUAAAAGUGUAUCUUCUGACUACUUGUCAGAGCCUACAAGGGAGCUGAACACUGUUGCUGAGGAAGAAGAUGAAGCUUUAAUUGCCACAAAAAAAGCUGUCUCUUCUCGAGUAUCUUCAAGAUCUCCUUUCACUAGUCCCCCACCAGUUCCACCAUUUCCUCCACUAAUUAAUAGUAAAGCUAAAUCUCACAAGCAUUUUCUUCCUGCAGCCAAAAAAGAGAGCAUUAAACUAUCACCUGCUGAUCUGAAUGCCCAUCAUAGUAAUCAGAAUGGAAAUCAACUAUUGAGAAAAUCUUUGAAACCCAGUCAUGAAAUGGGGACUGUACCAAGCCACAAUCAGACGUAUAAUGAGGUAUGGAAGAACCGGGAGUUCAGCCCUGAGCAUAUGAAACUACUCAAUGAGAGGGCCACAAAACAACAUGAAUCAGCCCCUAGGGAUGAGUAUAGGGAGAACAAGGAGGAUUUUCAGAAAGCAGGAUGCCUACAAGAUAUACAGACAGAAAUAGCUGAUAUUCCUGAAGUUGCAGUAAGAAAACACACUAGUCAGGAUAGGAGUAUAGUACAAAGUAAUAUAUUGGCAAGAGAUGAAACAUUUCCUAAAGUAACUCAAGCACCACUUGUUCCAAGUAGAGGUAAGACAGUGCAGGUAACACAGCACACACAUCAAGCAAUUAGAAGAGAGACAGAUGCAGUCUCUGAGUUGGUACUGAAAAGAGAGCUUGCACAAAAGGCAUCUUUCAGUGGAGAUGCAACAUAUGAAGACAUAAAUCAAGAGGCAUCACCCAGGGCUAAUGAGAAUUUAGCAGAAACUUUGCAGAUGCCUGAGAUUACAUUCAGGUCAGUACAAAAGGAGCUAGACUCUAAAGAUGUGCAAGAGACAGCUUGCAAGUCAGCUGAUGGUGUGAAAAUAUUAAGCGAGACACAAAAGUCACCCAAGGCAAGCAACUUUGGGGACACAAAGGGAAUCCAUGGAAUAGAUCACAUUACACAAAAGGGAGUACAGAAAGCUGCAGCACCGCAAAGAGAAAAUCUAGAGGGUAAACUCUCUAUAAAAACUGAACAGGCUGGUAACAAAGCUGAUGUUCAGCGACAUGGAACCAUAGAAUCAUCACCGUUUGAGCCAGAAAUACUUCAAGAGCUUGCACUAAAUGCAGAACAAAGUGUAGCAAAAACAGAUAGUGUUAAAAGCAGAGCAUCAGAAGUAAAACAUACUGGUGAAGAAAAAUUUGUGAAAGAUAGUGGGGUUUAUUUCAUGCCAGAAAGUUUUCUACAAGGGACACAAAACACAUGUUUAGUUGGAGAGACUACAAAAUGGGAACAGGAAACACAGGAAACUGCACACAAAAUUCAGAUCAGUGGGAGUGAACCAGAAGUGGUAAAAAAAGAAAGCAACCUAAACUUGUUUAAUGCUCAACAAGAAAGGUUGCAAUACACACUGCUUGAUACAAAUGUCAGUUUAAAAGACACAACACUUAUUAUCAGAGAGGAAGAGGCAGGCACCAAUAUUGCACACAAUCAAUUAGAAUAUGUGGCAGGAGGAAUAGUCAAUACAGACAGACAAUACAGACAAGAGCAGUAUAAAGCAGAUAAAGGAGAGGUUGGAGAAGACUGGGACGAGCAUCGGAUAAUCAAAAAAAUUGAUGACUCAAAAGAGAUCCAAAUGAAAGAAAAAGCGGAAGAAAGAGAACAGUAUCCAAUGAUCAUAGAAAGCAAUAGAGCUGAAGAGUUAUCAGUGGAAAUAUCAGCCAAAACCCAUGAAAUUACUAACAAAAAAGCUGGAACUCCAACAAUCAAGGCUGAAGAUACUAUUCAGGGAGAAAGCAAAAUCCAUCAGAGUACAGACAGCAAAGUGAGUGAACCUAAAAAGACAGAAGAGAUGACAACAUCAGGACAUGAAAGUUUGUGUUUUGUAGCAGUUGUAGAUACAAGUCUGCAAGGCUCAUCACUGACCACAGAUAAAAGAGGGCAUGACAGAGGCAGUGAUUCUAAUUAUAUGUUAGAAACUGUACAUGAAGGAAUAAAUAAAGACAUUCGGCAGAAGGAAUUAAUUAAAGCCGAAGAAAAGAGUAUGCUUGAAACAGAGGGUAUGCAAGAAUAUAUAAACCAUACAAAUGAGAUACACUCCAUAAUUGUAACAGAAACUGGAAUGUGUGGGUUAGAAAAGUUAGAAAUUAAUGCCAGUGGCACACAAGACAUAAGAGAUAUGAGGAAAGAUGUAUUAGUUAUGGAUAAGGAGCAGGGGCAAAAUGAAUUAACUGAAGUGGCCAAUGAGCAAAAAGAAAAUAUUAGUGAACACAGGAGGGAAGAAGGAAUAUUUUGCAAAGUUAAGCCAGCACAUGAUUUAGCAGAACAUUUGCCAACAGAGUAUAAUAUUCUGAAAAACAGUAUAUAUCAAGAUAAAACGUCAACAUUUAAAAAUGCUUUAUAUCAGGAUAGUAUUAAAGAUUCUUUUCUAUCACCAAGUGGAAAGUUGGUUAACAUAGACUCGUGUGUUGAAAAAAGUCAUAGUUUGUCAGAAAAAUGUUUAUUGAAAAAUGAAAUGCUACCAGAACAUUCACAGGUUGAAGAUAUAGAAGAACAAGAUGUGGAGAGAGAGUCCCAUUUCUGUUCUGUUCAGAGACAUAAUGAAAAAAGAGAUAAAAGUGCCCAAAUUACUAAUCAGACAGGUGGAAAAGAAGAAACAUCUCUUCAGACUAUACACAAAUCAUAUAAACAUGUUAGAUCUAAAGAAGCAGUGGAUCAAGAUAAGCUGAAUUCUCUCUGGGUCAACAAGGAAGUGGAUGAAGAAGGAGCUAUAACUGGAAAAGCAGAAGACAAAGGCAAUAUAUGUCUUUGGGGAGAAGACCGAUUACUUGAAGAAGAACAGAUACACAAUUCAGGGCAUGGGCUUGAAGAAGCUAUUGCUGAACAGUCAGAAAAUAGUAUGCAAAAAAAAAAUAUUAUUUGGACAGAUAGAAGAUGGGACGAGCAAGCAUCUAAAAUUGUAGAUGUACCAAAUCAAGUAGUUACUUUGAGAGAGAUGUGUCUGGUUGAAGCUAGUCCUUCAGUAGAUAUAAAAGAUUUAAAUUUUAACAGAACAGUGGAUGUAAACGCAUCUGAGGUAAAGGAGAAUGUAGAUAAUAAAAGCACAGAUGAUAAUAAUGAAGACCAUAAAACGGAGGAAAGGGUUGAUCCAUCAGUAGUAAUGGAAGAGAAAGAGUUAGUGCUUGCUGUGGAUAGAAAUUAUAUAGUAACUAAAGACAAUGAGCAGACAAAUCUGAACAAGGAAUAUUCUAUACUAGGGAUUAAAACCAACAUUGAAGAGUCAGUCAAAGAGAAUAUACAUGUAGAAGAAACAAAAGUCCUGACAGAAGGAGUAGGCAUAUCUACUAUAGUAAUUAUGGUAGAGCAGGAUGUACAGGAUGACAGAUAUUUGGAAGAAAUUGUACUCAGUAGGGAAAAAAGAAAGCAAACAGAAACUAAAGAUGAAAACCCAACAUCACAUCUGUUAAAGGAGAAAAUGAACCCCCAACAAGCUGCUCUACAGAUUAGAAUGCAGGACACUAUUGAAAAUGUAGUACAAAUAGAUAAUACAUUGAAUGUGGAUGUGUUUAACAAUGAAUUAUUACUUGGGCCAGGUGAAACAAAACAGAAUAUUGAGGAGGCUGUGCAUAGGGUAGAGAACAAACAGGAGGCACUGACAAAAACUGUAGAGCAAGAAGUACUAGAGAUUAACCAACAAGGGAACACAGAUGUAAUUGAAAAAGGAGACCUGAAUAUUCUGUCAGUGUCUAAAUAUUACUUGCAAGACAAUGAACCACAAUGGACACUAGUAAAAAGUAUAGAACAACAAGAGACAAGUUUAAGGAAUAUAACAAAGGAACAGGCAGAGCAUGUAGACCAAACUAACAAUGUGUUACAGGUAGUGUCACAGCCAGAGACGUUGCUUUCUUCGGGUUGCAGAGAACCAAUAAACCAAGACACUGAUGCUACUGUAUGUCCUGUUGAGACUUUUCCCACAUAUUCUUUGAGUAACUUAACCUCUGAAGCUGAGAAACCCACAACUGAUAUCUUGUCAGAAUGCAAAUUUUCUAUUUCCCCUACAUCAAUCCCUGGACAACAGAGAAGCGCAGAAAAGAAGAGACUGAACGAGUACUCAGGGCAUGUGGGGGAGGAAGCGCUAAGUACUGACUCCUUGCUCCGCUGGUGUCAAGAAGUGACGGCUGGGUAUCGUGGAGUCCGAGUCAACAAUUUCACCACAUCAUGGAGAAAUGGGUUGGCAUUUUGUGCCAUCUUUCACCACUUUCACCCAGAAAGCAUUAACUAUGAAGCUUUGGACCCACUAAAUGUAAAGGAGAAUAACAAAAAGGCAUAUGAUGGCUUUGCAGUUCUUGGGAUACCACCACUUCUAUCCCCAUCUGACAUGUUACUUCGCUCUGUGCCAGACAAGCUCAUUAUUCUCACAUACCUCUGUCAAAUUCGAUCUCACUUCACAAGCGUUUACUCCACUGCUACAGCUCAAACUCUUCAUGUGGAUGCGGAUAAGCAGAAACAUGACAUGGUUUCAGAACUACAGGGGGACUUUAACAUCAAGCAACACAAUAUUACUCCUCAAGAUCAAGAUAUUAUCCCAGCCUCUGGGGAAUACAGUGUUAAACCCACACCCAUGAAUGAAAACACUUUUGUAAAUGUAAACCUUGAUAAACAAAAUCUUCCAGACCUAUCCUCUGAUGAACAACAAUUGAACAUGUCCACUCCUGCAUCUCAGGGAGAAUUAAGUGCUAUAUCAGAUAAAAAUGAAAGAAUAAAGCAAUCAAUGCAUGAAAAUAAGGAAUAUGCACCCAAACUAAAACAUAAAUUGGAAACCAUGCCUGAGAUACAGAAUAAAUAUGAAGGCCAUCCUGACAAACAAGAAUUGGCAACAUCUACUCCUGUAGACAGUUUACCAAAAUACUCUUUUUUGGAAAAACAAGCUGCAUUUUCUAUGGCAGAACAAAAUACUAAAAUUUGUACCGUUCCUCAGAAAAAGGACAUUACAAAUACAGAGGAAGAAAAUAUAUUAGGUAUUGUCAAAGGGACAAAUAAUUCUGGAGUUGUUCCACCUCCUCGUGUUAAGAAGAGACUAAGUGUUAAUGAAGGUUUAACAGAGUUAAACCUUGAAGAGGGAGAAACCUCCCUUCAGUCAGGAACUGUUCCAGUUGCUCCUCCACGUAAAGGAGGAGGCCUAGGUCACCUUCGAGAUGCCGACCUUGUGAAGAAAAGGCGUUCUCUUAUUCGAUCUCAGUCUCUUUCACAAGAAGAGGAAAUGGAUCUCACACUAAAAAGUCACGAAACACCUUCGAGACCCUCUUCCCAAAUUGUGAAUGAACAAUCUGCAUCUACAGAUGUUUCCUUUUCUGCCAGUGAAGUUCCCACAACUGAAGCUCCAGUGAAAGAGGAGGAGCCUAUGCUUCUUAAAGACACAAGCCAGUAUGUGAUAUCUGAGCUUGCAGCUUUAGAGGAUCAACAAAAGGUGAUUGAUGCAAGAGCUGCAGUAGUAGAAAAGGAUCUUCGAAUUCUAAUGGAAAAUGGCUCUGACAAGGAAGCAGAAGAGACCCUUAUCCAGGAAUGGUUCACAUUGGUAAAUAAGAAAAAUGAUUUAAUUAGGAGACAAGAUGAACUACAAUUACUUGCAGAGGAGCAAGAUCUGGAACGGAAAUUUGAACUCCUGAGCAGAGACCUCCGAGCACUGCUAUGUACUGAGGAUUUCUUAAAAAGCGAAGCUCAGAAGAGAAGAGAGAAACUCUUACUGGAUGAAUUGGUAUCUCUAGUAGAUCAGCGUGAUGGCCUUGUGAGAGAUCUUCAUAUAAAAGAGAGGAAAGCUAUAGAAGAAGACGAAAUAAUAGAGAGAAGUCUUGAGCAAAGGAGGAGAAAGCUCAGCAAAAAGGAGAAAUGUCGCAUCAACUAAGGCUUUGAGGCUAAAGGAAAGAUAUAUACAAAAAAUCUGUCAUACUCAAAACAAGCAAAUCGCGUUCCUAAAAAAAAACUCUUUGCUAUGGUAAAAAAGAACACCUCAGAUCUUUUAUAAACAGAUUAAAUGGCCUAUAAACAUUUUCCAGUGCUUGGUCUUAAACUAAAAUGCUGAGAUGCCUUCUAAGCACUACUCACAAUCUUUUUUAUUGUCUCUUUUCACUUGCUGCUAUUGAUGUGGAGUAAUAUUUAAAUUUGUGAUGACAUUAUAUAUAUACAUAGGGAGAUUUUGUAAAAAGUGUUACUGAUUCUUGAAAUUAGUUGAAAAUAAUUAUUGUUAUUAGUUAAAAAGACUGUGAGUAUGUUUGGUAUAAGAAUCGUUGGAAUUUCAUCAGUUGCACUUUAGAAAAAAAAAGCCCAAUUUCAGUUCACUUUCAUGGCUUAAGUGCACAGUUUUCCUAAGGUUAAGACUAAAAUGUAACUUAUUUUAUAAUGCAUGACUUGAAGUUCCAGUUCUCUUGAGUCACAUUGCCUUGCAUAACAUAGGGCAUGUAUGCUACAAUUUUUAUGAAUCUUUUGUCACUGAAUUUCUUCAGGGUUGAAAUUACUUUGUUCCUAUAGAGAUUUACAUAUAGUGACAUUUUACAGUCUUUUUUGCACCUGCUAUUUUCAGGCAUACUUGCUAUUUUCCAUUAUUUCCAUUAUUUUUUAGGGUUGAAAUUACUUUGUUCCUGCUAUUUUCCAUUAUUCUUUUUAGAAUGUUUCUAUAUGAAUUUCUUCCUAUGUGUCUUAAGAGAAUAUUACUUCCUUUCUAAACUGUAGCUUGCCCUCCAUCACAGUAUCAGUGAAUGGUCUAGUCAUGAGAGAGAGUCAUUAUUUUAAACAUUUACAUACCUGGAAGGUACACAUUUACUUUUUUUCCCUCAAUUAUUUCUAUGUAAAAACAUUGUUUGCUGCAAGUAAGAAUAGUAUUCCCCUUUAUAUUACACUUUCAGCUUGCUCUUUAAUUGGUGCAUUUCCCCUGGUGUAAUAGGAUGUGUACAAUGAUUCUGAAAACAUACUUUUGUUAGUAAAGCUAAAAUAAUGGUCUUUUUAUUCAUUUCUUUUAUAAGCCAACUGCUUGGUACACGUGUGCCAAAGUCAAGAUAUAUAAGACAGACAAUCAAGCAGGUCUAAUUAUAAAUACUUGUGGAUAUUAAAAAAGUAUGCAUACUAUCCAUUCAUAUUUGUAUUUUCUGAUUUGUAAUAGUAAUAUCACUAAAGUGUUUAUAACCCACAAUAUAACUUUUAUUUAAGUUAUAAAGUUAUAACUUUUACGAAAAGUUACUAGUUUAUCGUGCUUUAUUUUUAUUUUGCAAUACAAAUUGGAAUAAUGCCUACUCUGAGACCUUAUAGUUGAAAAUAAAUUUACUGAUCCUUAGAAAAUGCAGUGGACAUGUCAUUAAAAUCAGAUAAUGUAUGUGACAAAGGAGCUGUCCUAGCAAUGCUAUAUUAAGUUACCAUAAUGCAAAAGAAAAAAUUAUAUUAUAAUGCCUAGAGCUUCCUCCCUUUCCAUUUAUUCUGUCUAAUUUCACAGGUGGUGUAAUAAGUACCAGACAGAUAUAAGACCUACAGUUUCCCUGAGAUUAUAUCUACCAGAAAUUCUAAUAAUGGGGCAUAUUAAAUACAGUAGCAAUAAACAUUUGCUGGUUGUGAAUUAUUCACCAUCAUUUAAAACACGUGCAUCUGGAAGAUUUACCUACAAUGAAUCUUUGGUGAAGAGCAGAUUCACUGCUUUAUAAAUAUGCCCCAAAAUUUCCUUUUGUAGAGACAUGGUGAACAAAUUCAGAAGAGAACUGGUCAGUCCAGCAACAUCAGUACCCUAGGAGUCAGGAAUUAUUAUUAAUAAUAUAUUAUUUUCAAAAUAAUUAUAAGACUGUAGCAGUAGCAAUAUUUAAACUAUGUUAUACAUUCAGUGAUAUUAUCAUUACGUACCAGAAUUUAAUUAAUGCACACAAUAAGAUAUUUUGUUGGCAGGGACAACUAUAUAUUAUUUAAGUAUGAUGAAAACAUUUGGGGUCUAUUUACAAAGGUAAAAAUGGAUAUAUUUUAUUUUCAUGAGAAAUAUAUAUUUUCUGAAACAACUGCCAUUUUAUAUUGCUGCUUUAUCCAAUUUCUGAAUUCAUAUGUUGACUAGGAUGAAAAUGAUAUACAACAAAGAAGAAAGAUUGAGUACAUAUGAGUACAUAUACACACUCAAAUAUACAAAAAAGCACACACAAUAUUUUUUUUACAAAAAUAAAUAUCAAUUACGAUAACAAGCAGCCCCCCAUCCCUAGAAAACAACUAAAACGAAUUAGACAAUUUUUUUAAUUACUCCCAAGUUCAACAUGUUUAAGUAUACACUAUGCCAUGUAAAGUACAUGUAAACUGUAUCAGCAUGCACAUAAAUAAUAGGGCAAACCCUGUGUGUGACCUUAUAUAUGCACUUAGAAAUGUAUAAUGAACCUGCAAUAUCAGCUAUAAUAAAGGAUAUAAUUUGAGCAUUGUGUUCUACACUUAACAGGCAAUAGUGAAUUGUAUAGUCAAAACUAUAUCAUUGCUUAUUUUAUACCACAAUGCUGUGACAAAGGCCUAUAAUUCAUCACAUUUGAAGCUUGCGGUUACCAUAGGUGUAUGAUCUAAGGAUCACUGCCUUUGCUAUUCUACAGUAAAAAAAACUUUUUUUACCAGUCUGCUGACAAAUUUGUUUAAUAUUUUCACUCAGUUGCGCAUGCACAACUUAUAAAUGUAAAAUUUAAAUGUAGAAUAUGCUGCACAUUGGCAGCUUGGUAUACAUUUUAAACAAGUUUGUCUGCAGGCUGGAAAACAAGGUUUCAUUGUAGAAAGGGCAGUGCUUGCUUUGUGUGGGGAUAACCUAACUACUGUGCACAUGUGUGGGAGUUACAUCCUCUUGAGACUGGUCAGCCAAAAUGGCAGAAGAUGCCAAACUCAGAAAAAAACUAGGCAUAGAUAUUGGUGAAGGAACUUGCAGACAUGGCAUCUCUUGAGGUGAGGCAAGUAUAGGUGGACUUUAGCCAGUCACUAAGCUUUCAGUGAAAAUACAUUAUUUCCAGCAUGCCAGCAAAUAAAUUAUCUUCCGCUGCUUUUAAAUCAUUUAGUGCCAUAAGCUUAGCUUGGGUGUCUGGAUGCUUACAACCAUGAGGCUGUACUUCUUCCCAGGAAGAUGACAAUCAAACUGCAUCACACUAAGAAAAAAAAUGAUGCAACAAAAUGUAUUUGCAGAUAGGUUUUACCAAUUUAAAAUACUUUUUUUUUCUGAAAUUUUAUCUUAAACCUGUCCCCAGAUUUUAAAUUCAAUAGGGGAAGUUAAGAAAGGAAUUUUCCUCAAGAUGGCAUCAUUUUCCUGUCACUUUCUACUUUUCACAAUUUUGUUUCCCUUUACUAUCACAGCUUUCUGUUUUAUACUUUUAGGAAUUGGAGGAGCAUUCAGACGUGAAACAGUUCAGAGUUUGGCAAAACAAAGCAUUUUUAUAUAACUGACCUUUAUAAAUAAGUCCCCCAAAUGUUUUAAAUGUAGCUUUUUUUCAUCUGAUGUAUUUCAGCAUGAAAAACACAGCUUUGCACAGCUUUCUGUAUAGAUUAUGUUGUUAUGAUGUUAUUUUGAUGGUACAAAAGGAUUGCUGGACAAGCAUUGUGAGAUUGAUAUAUUGCUUGAUGUGAUAAAUAAAAUGAUUAAAACUACA